GUGUUAGGCCGUUCGUUGAUCGUGUCCGUGACCCGCUUAAGCGUGAACGCUGCGUGAAGCGCGCGCAGUCGGUCGGUCGGCGAAUCUGCAAGGUCGACACGGAGCGCGUCGACCUCUCACGAACGCAGUAUAGUAAGCACGAACCUACGGCGAAUUAUUAUAGCCUUUGGUUAAAUGAAGGCGACGGCGGGUCACAAGAUCGGCAUUCGCGAAUGAUAUCCGCGGGAAAUUAGUCGAAUGUUUUCCUGCACGAAGUUAUUGGCGGAAGGAGAUCAUACAUAGAGCGCGUCUAUCUUAAUUCACACCACGUCGACCUUUCACGAACACACUGAGCACGAAACUGCGACGAAUUAUAGCCCUUCGUGAAAAAUGAAGGCGACAGCAGUCACAAAAGUCGGCAUUCGCGAAUGACAUUCGCGAGAAAAUUUAUCUAACGCUUUUCGGCACGAAGUUAUUUUCGAAUGCCUUCUUGAGCGGAAGAGAUCAUACACGAAUUACGAAUUGCGUUUUUUGUUUUGUUUUUAACUUCCCCAAACUGCAGCGCAAUUGUUUAUGAGGGAGGCCGUAUAGUGAGAGCUUGAGGAUUAUUUUGACCGCCUGGGAUUUUUUUAUAAACGCCUGGGGUUCUUUCUUUGAUGUAAACACUUACGCAUAAGGAGGCUUGCGUGUUCUGUAUUUCUCCUCGAACGUAAUGCGGCCGCCGCGACUUGUAAUAGAACGUGCGACCUCGUGCUCAGUGGUCGAACGAAGUAGCUCCUGGGGCCGCAGCGGCGGAUAAAAAAAAAAUGCUUCGGGCAUGAAGGCGAGGGAGGCACUGGUAUAUUGCGUCGAGGAUUACGUCGACAGCAGCGAUGGCACUCCCUGGGCCCUACUGGCGCAAUGCUUUGCCGCCUCUUUAACAUGUCAUGCCAUACGAAGUGAGGUCAGUCGAUUGUGUAUAAGCCGUAAAAAUGAAGCUCUCACUGAGCGAGUACGCACUUUAGCAGCUGAUGCGCGCUUUGUCACAAUCGCGUGGAGAGAGCAUGCAGCGACGGAGAGAUGUUCGCAGCCAACUCGCACUCCUGCAGGAGCGAACGACACCACGUGGAUCGAGAGCCUGACACUGCGGCCUGCUGAGUCGUGGAGUUUGAAAGUGGCCACGUUUAGCUAUCACUGCGCAGUGCCUUCAUGCUCCGAAUUCACGAAGGCUCACCAGCUCUGCCAACUACCCUGCAACAGCUCCCUCAUCUUCAACCCGCGCAAGCGACGCGAGUUGUGGCGGUUCCUGACUUAUUCGCUCGUGCACGACGGUUUCCUGCACCUCGGCAGCAAUGUGCUGCUCCAGAUUGCAUUCGCCUUCCCACUGGAAGUAGUACAUUCGUGGUGGCCAGUUAUGCUUGUCUACGUCGGCGGGCUACUGUGCGGUCCGCUAGCGCAGUCGCUGCUAAACCCCGACGCAUAUAUUGCGGGCUCAUCGAGCGGUGUCUACUCCCUUCAGACGGCACACUUGGCGCACAUCCUGACCAACAUCCGCGACAUGGAACUGGUUGGGCUCAGAAUAUCCAUGUUGCUUCUCGUGUAUUUGAACGACCUGUAUUCGAUUGUACGGGGCCCCCAGAACCACCAUGGACAGGUGUUGAGCUACGCUGGUCAUUAUGGUGGCGCGCUGGCUGGUUUGGUGAUAGGGCUUCCGGUGCUGAACUCUGCGCGACACAGGCGCCCCUGUUUUUGACAUCUAUGUA